AGCUGAGCAUAUUUUCUUCCCCCUUUUGAAGAGUUUGCUUCGGUGCGUCGGCGCGUUCGUCGUAAACGGAUGGUUUUCCGAUCAUCUCUUGCCUUUCUGAAGCGAGGCGUUCCACCGCCCUCGUCCCCUCACCGAUGUUUUCGUUCGCAAGCCGCAUUGGAUGCCCUCCGACCACCUUCUAUAACCGCCGGCGACUCUUCAUCACCCUCGGCCGCCGCCAUCCGAUCCCACCUCGUCCUAUACAACUAUCCAUCUUUUUCCGGUGCUUUCGCCGCCCUAUAUGCCCACUUAUUUCACUCGCGCCUUCGCCUACCGUUCCUCGUCCUGCCUUUCUCCUCUGUCGAGCCUUUUAGAGUGGAAGACUUCGAGGCCAGAGCUUUCGAGACGUGUUACCUCCUCGAUUUCGUCGGGCCCAAACGCUUUGCAAUAGAGCUGUCGCAUAUCGUUCCUAGAGUUAUAGCUUUUGAUCACCGGGAGAUUUCUCUGGGAACGACUUUACAUGAAAGAGAGCGUCCCGACAAUCUGGAACUUCACAUUGACACUGAGAAAUGCAGCGCCCGUUCUGUUUACGAUUACUUCUCCAAAAAGUUCUCUGAGAGGAACUCUUCUCAGGAUGAUGCCGAAAACUUAUUGAAUCAAGAACAGGAAGAACGUGUUGCAUCAGUCUUAAGUUAUAUAGAAGAUGCUGCUCUUUGCCAGUGGAGGAUGCCUGAUACCAAAGCAUUCGACAUUGGACUUAGGGAUGAGCGUGCAAAACUGAAUUGUAUCACCAAUCCGUAUGUGUUUCAGCAGCUCCUACAGCUUAAUUCUGCAGAUUUGAUUGCCAAGGGAAAUUUGUAUACUCGGUCACGUGAAGAUGCAGCCAGUAAGUUGCUGGAAAAGGCUUUAAAGAUUCAGUUGGGAAGAGGAUUUUAUGGAGAGUGCCUGGCUGUACGGGCUGAUGGAAAUGAAGAUCUAAGUCAUGAAAUCUGUAUUGAGCUUAGUAGAAGAAGUGCAGCAGCUGGUUUAAGGCCAAUAGGAGCUGCAGUGUUCAUGAAACAGCGGAACUUGAAAAUGUGUUUGAGGACUACUGACCCUACCGUUGAUAUCUCAGAGAUAGCUAAGGCAUAUGGUGGAGGCGGCAAACGUAGUUCAAGCUCCUUCAUUAUAAGAAUGGAUGAGUACAACUGUUGGUCUGCAGCAAAUUCAUGAUAGACCAUAAAGGUAUAUCAGGGGUAGAAAAUGAGUACAACUGUUGGUCUGCAGCAAAUUCAUGAUAGACCAUAAAGGUAUAUCAGGGUUCUUUUCUACCCUUUUUUAAUUGGAUGUGUCAUUUUGAUGCCUGAAGGUACUGCUUAAUUUCCUGUUGAACCAGAUACUCUUAUAGCGAUAGAACAACAAUGAAUCAAAGGACUUUCAACAAAGAAAUGAUAAGGUUAUGAUUAAAUU